UGUUGUGAGUCAGUCCUUCGUUCGGCGUUGUACGUUAAUUCUUCUUAAAUUCUAUUUAAAAAUCCAUCGCUGAAUUAGUACAAAUAAUGUAAAAUGGCCAUAAAUUUAGAAAAACAUCGCGAAGCCCUGGUAGCGGCAUGGAAGGAUGUACUGGAUGAAAAAACCGACACCAACUGGGCUCUAUUCGGCUACGAUGGUUUGUCGAAUGACCUGAAGUUUGUAAGCAAAGGUGACGGUGGGCUUACGGAGCUGAUAGAUGACUUCAAUAGUGGGAAGAUACAGUAUGCAUUCCUCAAAGUGGAUCUACCCGAUGGAACUAUAUCUAAAUAUGUACUUAUCAAUUGGCAGGGCGAAGGCGCGCCUACAGUACGUAAGGGUACAUGUGCGAACCACGUGCAGCACGUGGCCCAGUUAUUCACUGGAUUCCAUCUGACGAUGCACGCUCGCACUGAGGAUGACCUUGAUGAGAAGGUGAUCCUUGACAAGCUGGCCAAGGCCGGAUCCGCUUUCAACUUCAAGAGUAGUCGUCAGGAGGAAAUACCCCCAAGUGGACCAGUGGGUACUGCAUAUAGAAAAGUUAAUCCAGUUCAAGAAAUCAAUUCUAAAGAACGUGAUCAGUUUUGGUUGAAAGAAGAACAGGAGGAGAAGAAGAGAAUUGAAGCCGAGAAAAAGAGACGAGAGGAGGAGAAAAGAAAAGCGGAAGAAGAAGUAAGAAGGAGAGAUGAACUGGAAGCAGCGAGAAGAGCUAAAGCAGAAGAGGAAAAGCGCGUGCCCUCGAGCGGUGUGGGCGCGGGCGAGGGCGCGGGAGAGGCGCGGCGGCUCAUAGGCGCCUCCACAGCCGCCGCGCGCGCGCUCUUCCAACAGAACCUGGCGCAGGGACAGAUGUCCACCAGAUCAAAUUCGAUACCGGAGAAGCCGGUACGCAGUUCAGUGAUCGCACAACGCAUCAACACUUUCUCACAGAACACGUCCCCCCAACCUCCAACUUCGCCAAUCAAAUCGCCAACAAAAACACUCGAAGAACCGAAAACCGAAGAAAGCGAAAGCAAAACGAGUCCAUUAAAGAACAUAGACAAGAUAAAAAUGAGUCUGGAGAGACCAUCUCAAAUACAAUACGAACCAAUAAUAGAUCCGUCAGUCGAUCUGAGUCCGAGCACAGAUAAUGAAAAUAGUUCUUUCAGUGCAAUAAACUACGCGGAAUACAAUGAAACAUACAAAGACGAAGUUUUAAAGCAAAGCGAGCCGAUGAUAAAACAGAAUAUUCUAGAAAAUGACAUGUUCGACGCGUCAUAUUCCAGUUCAAAUGAAAAUGACGAUGAUGACAGUGACAACAAGUUCAGUACAAUCAAACGGUCGCCGUAUACAAAGGAUACUGAAGCCAGGUCAGAGCUGAGUAGACAGAAUACUGUCAUUGAAAAUGUUCAUUACAAGAAAGAAAAUGGAACUACCACAUUGGAUGACGUGUCCCCCGAGGGUCUGGAGGAGGAGGGCAACAUAUACGAGGACCUGGACGACGACCCGGGACUCACGGCGCGCGCGCUCUACGACUACCAAGCAGCGGACGAAUCAGAAAUAACAUUCGAUCCUGGUGAUAUAAUAACCCAUAUUGAGCAAAUAGACGCCGGCUGGUGGCAAGGUCUGGGACCUCGCGGUGUCUUCGGUCUCUUCCCUGCCAACUAUGUGGAACUAUUACCCUGCCAUCCACGUUAAUGUAACCCAAGGUAAUCAUGUAUACAGUUUCAUUUAUGUCGAAUGUUUUGAUUAUACGACGUAAAAUGAAUAAGACAUUUGACUAUGGUCAUAAUUAUAUUAUAAGUUAAUUUUUUAAUAUUGAUUAAUUGCAAAUUUUUUGUGUUUUUUUAUCUGUGGAACUAAUUUGUAGGUACAGACUAAAUAAUUUCAGUUUUAAUUUUUUUUUUAUUUUAAUGUUCUAUAUUUCAAAAUAUUAUGCUUUUUUUUAAAUUAAGAAUUCAAAUGGUUUUUGUUGUCAGUAUUGAUUUAGUUUUUUUUUUAUUUCAUUUAAUUGAUUUAAUAUUUGGUUUCGUAAUUCUUUUUAAUUAUCUAUAUUUUGAAUUUUCUUUUAUUUAUAAAGACUUGUAUUCGUAUCAAUAAUGAAAUGUGUUGUGAGAUUGUGAAGUUUGACUUUAUGAAUUUAGGGAGCAAUAAUACAUUUUUGUAAUCAUUUUCCACAACUAAAAAAUAUUUAUAUAAGAAUUUUCACAUAAUACAAUCUAAUCAAACACAUAAUACUCGCCCACCAUAACAUGACACACUGAUGUAAGUGAAAUUAUUCACAACAUGACGUAUUACUUACUCUAUCCAUGUACUUAUAUGAAAUUAUACAAAACAUUUUUUGUGGGUAAUUUUAUUUACUCAUAGUAUCAUGUUAUUCUGGUCGGGUAUCUCGCCAUUUUUGACUAAAAACACAUUUUCACUCCAUUAAUGUAUAAGUAUAGACUUAGUAACACGUAAUAUUUUUUAUAUUAUUGUACAUUUUAGUUACUAUAUGCAUCUCUUCUGGUUAUUUCGAUUUCUGGGGUUUGUUCUUCCAUAUAGCUGACAUAUGAACCUUAAAAACUGAUUUAACUCCAUUAGAAUUAAAAUAAAUAUGUUUAUACAUUUAUUUUAUUACAUUUAUGUCCAAAAAAACAUUUC